AUGGGGCAGCUUGAGGACUUGAAUACUUACAUGAUAGAGCCAACCCUUCGAUUAUCUAUCGGGGACUUCAAAGCAUAUAACAUAUUACUGGAUGCAAAAUUCAAUCCUAAGCCUUUUGAUUUUGGACUUGCUAAGUUGGGUCCCACAGGCAAACAAGAUCAUGUUUCGACUAAGGUGUUGGGGACGUAUGGCUAUUGUGCACCGGAGUAUGCACACACAGGCAAGUUGACUAAAAAAUCUGACGUCUACAGUUUUGGAGUCGUGUUUCUGGAGAUCAUUUCAGGAAGAAGAGCUAUAGAUAACAUGAAACCAGCUGAAGAGCAGAACCUAGUUGCUUGGACACUUUUCAAGGACAAAACAAAGUUCACGUCGAUGGUAGAUCCAUUACUGGGAGGGAGGUACCCAAUGAAGGGUCUGUAUCAAGUUGUUGCUGUUGCAGCUAUGUGUCUUCAAGAUGAAGUUAGCACCUGA